CUGCUCUACGUCAACUAUUUCAGUCGUCGGUUUUUCCCAUACCAUCAUCCACUGAAUCUACUGGUUCAUUCACUCACCUCGUACUAAUUUACUACUACUGCUGCUGCUUUACUGAGGGGGUACUCCACUGGUAGCGACUGAGAAAGUGAGAGAGGAAGAUGGAGAGCAGCGAAGAAGAAGAUGAUUUCCCAACACACGAAUGGAUCACUCCACAGUCCAAGAUUAACUCCAUUUAUCAAUCCAAUGCUGAAAAGGGAAUUAGGAAACUAUGUUGUGAGCUUUUGGACCUGAAGGAUGCAGUUGAGAACUUAUGUGGAAAUAUGCACACCAAGUAUCAGGCCUUCCUCAGGCUCCCCGUUUGCAUAUCUGGCUAUUUUUCCUGUCUACGGAGCUUAACUGAAUAUGUGUACCAAGUAACUUUGAUAUCAGAAGAGGUUGGUGAAAUGGAGCAUGAAUUGAUUGAGCUGCAAAAGCAUGUAUCUGCGCAAGGGAUUCUUGUGCAGGAUUUGAUGACCGGUGUUUGUCGUGAAUUAGAAGAAUGGAACCAGGAUAACAGCGAGAGCCUUCAAGCUGAGGAAGAUUCGCAGGGCAAUGAGCACCAGGAUCUCUUGGUCAAUGAAGUGGAUUAUCAUAAGAUGACAUUUUUGGAGAAUGUCGAUGUCCUCUUGGCUGAGCAUAGAGUGGAUGAAGCUUUAGAUGCUUUGGAGGCAGAAGAAAGAAACUCCCCUGAGCUGAAUGGCUCAGGAGAUGCUUCUUCCACUUAUAAGUCUGCAUUCAUCAAGAGAAAGGUGAUGCUUGAGGAUCAGCUUAUUGAGAUUGCAGAACAGCCAUCUUUGGGCGUCAAAGAACUUAAGUCAGCUUUGUGUGGUUUACUGAAACUUGGAAAAGGAUCUUCGGCACAUCAGUUGCUUCUAAAAGCAUAUGGGUCCCGCCUCAACAAGAGCGUUGAGGGGUUUCUUCCUUCAUGUUCAAUUUAUCCUGAAACAUUCUCAGUUACUCUCUCCAAACUCGUUUUUUCUACAAUCUUACUGACUGCAAAGGAAUCUGGUUUGCUUUUUGGUGACAAUCCUGUGUAUACCAACAAGAUUGUGCGGUGGGCAGAAUGCGAACUUGAAUCUUUCGUUAAACUAGUGAAGGAGCACUCACCCCCAUCCGAGAUGGUUUCUGCUUUACGGGCUGUGAGCAUUUGUGUUCAGGCUAGUCUUAGUCACUGCUCUUUAUUGGAAUCUAAAGACCUUAAGCUUUCUAAGUUGCUGAUGGUGCUUUUACAUCCAUACGUCGAAGAAGUCCUUGAAUUGAAUUUCCGUAGAGCAAGAAGAAUGGUUCUUGAUAUCACGGAAAAUGAUAAGACAUUUUCUUUAUCACCUCGAUUUGUGUCUCCCCUAUCUUCUGUUGCAGUAUCCUCAUCAGACUCUGAGCUUCUUGAUAGUGGAAUGAAAUUCAUGUACAUUGUCAAUGAUAUUGUGGAACAGCUAACACCGGCGGCCAUUGAUCAGUAUGGUGGAAACAUUUUAAACAGAAUAUCUCAGCUCUUUGAUAAAUAUGUUGAUGCUUUGAUGAAAUCCUUACCUAGUCCGUCUGAAGAUGAUAAUCUCAUUGAGCAUAAAGAAGUAUUAACCUUCAGGGCUGAAACUGAUGCCCAACAGCUUGCACUUCUGGGAACUGCGUUUACUGUAGCUGAUGAAUUAUUACCAAUGGCUGUUUCGAAGAUUUGGACUGGGAAGAGUGAGGGGAAGGAUCCAGGAAGUGGUUCGAGUGAAAACAUCGUGUCUACCUCGAGUAGUUCCAUAGACUUUAAGGAGUGGAGGCGCCAUCUUCAACACUCACUAGAUAAGCUCAGAGAUCAUUUUUGUCUGCAAUAUGUUUUGAAUUUCAUUUAUGCUAGGGAAGACAGAAUCCGGUUAGAUGCUCGAAUUUAUGUAAAGAUGCAAGGAGAAGAUCUUUGGGAGACCUACCCACUGCCAUCUCUGCCAUUUCAGUCGUUAUUUUCGAAGUUUCAGCAAUUGGCAACUGUUGCUGGUGAUGUGCUACUCGGAAAAGAGAAAAUACAAAAGAUUUUGCUUUCUAGGCUGACAGAAACAGUUGUAAUGUGGUUAUCUGAUGAACAAGAGUUCUGGGAUGUCUUCAAGGAUGAAACCCACCCUCUUCAGCCACUAGGAUUGCAGCAGUUAAUUCUUGAUAUGCACUUCAUCGUUGAAAUUGCUGUAUUCGGGGGCUACCCAUCUCGACACGUGCAUCAGAUCGCAUCGGCCAUAAUUGCUAGAGCAAUCAAAGCCUUCUCAGACAGAGGGAUUGACCCACAAAGCAGUGAGCUUCCUCCGGAUGAAUGGUUUGUUAAUACCGCGAAAACAGCGCUGAACAAGCUUAUCUUGGGAACAUCAUCCGCAUCUGAGGUAUCUGAUAUAGAUGAACACAUCAUUAUACACGAUGAGAUUCUUUCUGAUUCCGAUGACACUGCUUCUUGCCCCUCAUCCAUAGCAUCCUCUUCCGAUUCAUUUGCUUCGGCAAAUAUGGGUGAGAGUGAAAGUCCGACGUUUUUGUCAGAUUCUGAGAGUUGAACAUUUGGAUUUUCUCACCCUUUCGUGGUUCAGGAGGCUUCAAUGAAACAGAAUUCUUGCGGAGACGACCAAUCUCAGCAAGAUGUCACUCUGAUUUUGUUAUCUAUGCUCGGAUCUAGUACAGUCUGUUCAUCAUGAGGAAUCUAAUUUGUAAAGUGGCUAAUGUUCUUUGAUCAGUUAAUCUUACAGCUGUAUGUCGUCAUAUUUAGAAUGUAGUGUCGUUGUAGUAAUAUAGUAUGUAUUGCUGUAUGUUGCUAUCACUUGUUUGCAGAAAGUAGGAAAGGGUCAUUUAUUUCACCAUCAGGGAAAUUUGUGCCUUCCCCUUGAACAGUUGCUUCUCCUUGUCAUACACAUCUAUUUAAGAUUUAUAGUUGUAACUGUGUCAUUCUGAAAGAACACUGUAAGCAUACCUCUGGGAAGAAUUAAGUGUACCUUCACUUUCUCUAGGAAUAUAAUUUUGGUCGUGAAAAG